AUGUCACAGACAAAUAAUUCAUCUAUGCAACUUCAGAACCCUGCAACAUCUCCUUCCGAUGAAGACGUUAGAGUUGGAGUUGAUGUUGUUUGUCAGGUUGUAGGUAUGAUUAACUCAAAAGGACUCUGGUUUGGUGAUGACCUUUUAGAGUACACUUUACCUCUCUUGCUGCUACAGCUUUCUCUUAUUUCUAUCGUCACGCGUUCCAUUUACAUCUUUCUCAAGCCCCUUGGCCAGCCUUCUGUUGUUUCUCAUAUUCUUGGUGGUGUAAUUCUAGGUCCUUCAAUUCUUGGGCAUAACUUGUCAUUUACAGAUAAAAUCUUCCCACCUGAAGGAAGAACCGCACUUGAGACCUUGUCAGUCUUUGGUUUCAUGCUGUUUAUCUUCCAGAUUGGGGUGAAGAUAGACCCUUCCAUCAUUUUGAAAUCAGGUAAACGAGCACUGGCUGUAGGAAUUUUUGGCUUCUGCAUUCCUUUUGCACUGGCUUCAGCUUUCAGAUUAAUCCUAUGCCAUUCUCUCUCACUGGACGAUGCUACGUGCCAUGUGCUUCAGCUAGUGGUAUUAAUGCAGUCCGUUACAGCCUUCCCAGUUAUUGCAAUCUUUCUUGCUGAGUUUAAGAUACUCAAUUCUGAGAUUGGACGACUUGCAAGCUCUUCGUCAAUGAUAUGUGACAUUUGCUUUUGGUCCCUAAUGUCGGUAAUCUACGUGGCAGACGUAGCUAAAGAAGAAUCAAUGCAAUCGGCAAUUGGCUCUAUUCUAUCAGUUGUAUUCCUUGUUUGUCUUUUGGUAUUUGGCAUCCGUCCAGCAGCUUUGUGGGCAAUUCGAAAUACUCCAGAAGGAGAACCAGUGAAAGAUGUUUAUAUCUUUGUGGUCUUUGUUGCAUUAAUGAGCUUCGGAUUUCUUGGUGAAGUUAUUGGAAUAAAUUCGCUUAUCUCAUGUUUCCUUCUGGGUUUGAUCAUACCAGAUGGACCACCAUUAGGAGCAGCAAUAGUAGAUAGGCUUGACUGCUUUGUAUCAGCAUUGCUCAUGCCCAUCUUUUUCACCCUAUGUGGAUUAAAGACUGAUGUCUUUACCAUUCAGAAAUGGAAGACCGUGGGCGUAAUUCUAUUGGUUUUUUUCAUUGGUUUCUUGGGAAAAAUUAUUGGCACAAUGCUACCUCCUCUCUUCUGCAGAAUGCCAUUUCGAGAUGCCCUUGCUCUAGGUCUUAUCAUGAACUCCAGAGGCAUUUUUGAACUUGUCCUGUUGAAUGAUUGGAAGACAAAAAGUGCCAUGACCGAUGAAUGCUUCGCCAUUAUGAUUCUCUCCCUGGUGGUUUUAACAGGAGUAAUCUCACCUCUUGUGAAAGCUCUUUAUGAUCCUUCAAGGAGGUUUCUGGCUUACAGGAGGAGGACUCUAUGCCACCAUCGAAGCAACGAAGAACUACGGAUGCUUGCUUGUGUCCUUAGCCAAGACAAUGUCCGAACAAUUAUCAACCUUCUCGAUGUCUCCAACCACACCAACGAUAAUCCUAUUGGUUUAUAUGUCCUCCACCUGAUUGAGCUUGUUGGACGGGCUUCCUCUCUAAUGAUUGCUCACCUUCCACGUGAAAAACCUCCUAAAUACCCUACUGAGUCGGCACAAAUCUUCAACGCAUUUAAAAAGUUUGAACAAGAAAAUCAGAGUCAUGUUGCUGUGCAUUGCUAUAAAAGCAUUUCGCCUUCUGAAACUAUGCACAACGAUGUGUGCUCCCUUGCCUUAGAACAUAGAAUAUCUUUUAUAAUUAUUCCUUUUUACAAUCAAAGCAUAAAUGGGAGAAUCGCAAACUCAUUUCAUGCAUAUAGGCACCUGAACAAGAAUGUGCUUGACAAGGCUCCAUGUUCAGUUGGGGUACUUGUCGAUCGUGGGAACCUGAGGAAAUCCCAAUUUGUUCUUGCAGAGUCUUUACCUUAUCGAAUCGCUGUGCUAUUCUUCGGCGGUGCAGAUGACAGAGAAGCACUAGCUUAUGCUGUGCUUAUGUCAAAGAAUCCUCGCGUAUCAGUCACUCUUCUACAAAUCACAACAGUAUCAGCUUCUGAGGGUACUGAAAUUUCUGGUGCCACAGCAAGGAGCAAGCUACUUGACUCUGAUCUAUUAGAUGAAUACAAGUUGAAAACUGAACAGAGCGAGCGUGUUUCUUACCUGGAGGAGGUAGUUAUGGACAGCGAAGGUGUUCUUGAUGUGAUUAAAUCAAUGGAGAAUGCUUACGAUCUUGUUAUGGUUGGGAAGCGACAUGGAGAGUCAGAGUUGAUGUCUAACCUUGGGAAAUGGAAUGAACAUAUAGAUUUAGGGACAGUAGGAGAGAUACUUGCUGCAACAGAUUCUAAGCUAGGAGCUUCUGUUUUGGUGGUUCAACAACAGACUAGAGUUUGGGGUUUGCGCAACGCAGAGGACUCAUCGCUACUGAGAAGAGUAAAAGAUGAUGUUCCAGGAGUUCCUAAUUGCAAUGACUAUACGGUAUAUUCAUUUCUCUGGCUAAAGGUGGACACCGUCAAGACCACCAUCGAUGGCUGGGAUACAAUGCUUGAUUCUGAGGAGUUGAAGGAUGUUAAGCAAAACAGUAUCGGAGAGCAAGAUGUGAGAUGCUUAGAGAAGUUUGUGGAAGAUGGAACCCAGACAGCAUCAAUAAUAUCUUCAGUGCUGAAUGAAUAUGAGCUUAUUAUAGUUGGCAGACGGCAUGGCAUAUCUUCUCCACUGACUUUAGGGUUAGCAGACCGGACUGAAUUCCCAAAACUAGGGCCGGUUGGAGACUUCCUUGCGUUGAGUGACAGAAACAUCAAAGCUUCAAUCUUAGUAGUACAGCAACAACAGCUGAGUUAG